AAUCAAAGAGCUUCAGCGAAACGUCUGAGAAUGUGCGACCGGACAGCAGGAGCGACCUCUGUCACCGCUUCUUACUGAGUGGCUGAGUCAAUACUCCAUGAUGCUUCCUUCUUGCCAGUCUGUUCUUUCCAAUUCCCCAUGGCUGUUCUUUCGGUUUCCCUGUCGAGCAUUGAGUACAAAAGGUCCAAUGGUUUACGAUGCCGUGAUAUCUGGUGGUGGAAUGGUGGGAACAGCGAUGGCUUGUGCUCUUGGAUCUGACUCUCACUUGCGUCACAAGAAGAUACUUCUUCUGGAAGCUGGACAAAGAAAAGAGAGGAGUCACCUGCAUCAGCAAUUUAGUAACCGAGUGAGCUCCAUCACUCCGGGCUCUGCCACGUUUCUAGCCAGUUUUGGUGCCUGGGAUGAUAUCUCAGUAAUGAGGCUUAAAGCUUUCAAGAGAAUGCAGGUUUGGGAUGCCUGUUCAGAUGCCCUGAUCACAUUUGAUAAAGAUGGGAUGGAAGAUAUGGGCUAUGUUGUGGAGAAUGACGUUAUUAUCACAGCCCUCACCCAGCAGCUCAGUUCAAUGUCAGAUCGUGUGGAAGUUCUUUACCGAAGCAAAGCCGUGGGAUACACUUGGCCAGCACCUUACCACAAUGGUGAAGGUAGCCCAUGGGUGCAGAUUGACCUGGCAGGAGGUCAGAAGAUCCAUACCAGACUUCUGAUAGGUGCAGAUGGGCAGAACUCCAUGGUUCGAAGUGCAGCUGGCAUGCGCAGUGUUCAGUGGAGUUAUAAUCAUGUUGCAGUGGUUGCUACUUUACAUUUAUCCGAGGCCACAGAUAAUAACGUAGCGUGGCAGAGGUUCCUUCCUUCAGGGCCUAUCGCACUGUUGCCGCUCUCCGAUACAUGUAGCUCUUUGGUUUGGUCCACGUCACCCGAAAAUGCAUCGCACCUGCUAAACAUGGACGAAGAGAGUUUUGUGGACGCUGUCAAUUCUGCUUUUUGGAGCAAUGAGGGUUACUCCGAUCUAAUAUCUUCAGCUGAAUCCAUCUUACGCAGUGCAGUUUCCUACCUGAUGCCAACAGGAACAUCUACCCGACAGCUGCCUCCUAGCGUCUCAAAGGUUGAAGGCAGUAGCAGAGCUGCGUUCCCACUUGGCAUGGCUCAUGCCACAGAAUAUAUCCGUCACCGUGUAGCACUUAUUGGAGAUGCAGCACACAGAGUGCACCCACUAGCUGGACAGGGCGUUAAUAUGGGUUUAGGGGAUGCUGCGUGUUUGGCUCAACACCUGAGCAAGGCGGCUUUUAUUGGGCAAGACCUGGGGUCAACAAAGCAUCUUCUUCAGUACGAGACUGAGCGACAGAGACACAACUUACCCUUAAUGGCAGCUAUUGACCUGCUAAAGAGAUUGUAUAACACAAAGCAACCUCCUAUCGUUCUGCUCAGGACUCUUGGUUUACAGGCUACCAAUGCUUUUCCUCCCAUGAAGGAACAAAUCAUUGCGUUUGCCAGCAAAUAGCAACCCAGCCUUCUACCUGAAAUGAUGUAUUUUGGAUGAUCUGUAUUACGUAAAGUCUAUUUUCAGAACAAGCUAUUGUUUUAAGUUAAUAAAACUAUUCAACUUCAA